AUGCUGGGUGAGGUGCUCCGCAUCGGCCAGGCGCACCGGGCGACUUUCAACACGGCGCUGAACGUUCGGUCUUCCCGGUCUCACCUGGUGAUGAUGCUCUUCCUGGGCAGUCGGAACAUGAACACGGGAUGUUUGCAGCAGGCAGGAAAGCUGAGCUUGGUGGACUUGGCAGGAAGUGAGCGGCUGAAGCGCAGCGAGGCUGUGGGGGAGCGUAGGCGCGAAGCCCAGCACAUCAACCGUUCACUGAGCGCCCUGGCGGAUGUGAUUUCUGCAAAGGAGAGGCGGGUAUCUCAUGUGCCCUACCGGAACUCCAAGCUAACGCAGCUGCUGCAAGAUGCUCUUGGUGGUGCGGAGCAUUGUCGUACUGUGGUCAUCGUCACACUGCCCCCGACUAGAGAGUGCCUCAACGACACGCUCCAUUCGUUGCAGUUUUCGCAGCGUCUGACAGCUGUCGCCUUGCCGACACCGGUCUCCUCCCGCAUCGAUGCCAGCACCAGGGGCCGCUAUCCAGGGUCAAUGCGUUUGGAGGGCCAGGAGAGCAGGUCACAGCUACUGCAGGAGGUUGCGCGCUGGCGUGCCGAGUUCGAGAAAGCGCAGGCACAAAGGGACGAGCUGAAGACAGCCCUGGAGAUGAAGGACAAAGAGCUGCAGGAGGCGCGGCGCCGCAAUGCGGCACUUGUAGCAGCUGCUGACCGCCCGCCAGUCUCGCUUGUUCAGACAGCCCGGGACAUACCCGUGGAGAGGGCGCGGGAGACGGCUCGCGAAGCGGCCCGGGUCGAUCGCGUCAUCUCUUCCCGGGUCACGCGUAGGUCGCCGUCUCCAGGAGCUGUAUCGCCUCGGAUUGAGCCACCGACAGCUGUACCAUCCGCACGUAGCAACAUCCCGCAGCCCAGACCUUUGAGGCCACUGCGGACCUCGAGGUCAGCAGACUAUGCCCCAAAGCUGCCCGGCAACCGCUGGAGCCCCUUCGGCCCAGUGCACGAGCGGAAUCCGCGGCGUGGGCAGAGCCCCACAGCCCCGCGAUCCAAGCGCAACGCCACGACGUCUCCACCGCGGGAGCCCCGUCAGGACCGGGUUCUUGUUCAAAGCCAUGCAGAAGUGCCAGCUGGAAUCAUGAAGCGUAUGGCGUGCACUUGUAAGUGGCAUGAGAAGUACACUUCCGCAGAAAUAGACCAAAAAGCCUCAAGUGGCCUUGCCUUUCAAGUGUCACACGGCGGGUCAGGAGACUGGCCGGACGUCUAG